AUGGAUGCCAUGUUCCUGUUGUGCAUUGUGACACUAAUUUUGUGUCAGUCAACGAAUGGUCAGUACCAGCCACCACAACAGGCAGCAAUUUUGAGCGACGCAAGAUAUUUAGCCGGAGAUGGAACGUUCGGCGCUGCUUAUUCGCAAGAAGAUGGCGUCGAGUUCAAAGAGGAGAGCGACGUUUAUGGAAACCGUCGUGGGUCUUACUCCUACGUCGAUCCGACGGGUCAGAGACGUACGGUAACGUACACUGCUGGUAAAAAUGGCUUCCAGGCCACCGGAGACGGUAUUCCUGUACCACCUCCCCAAGCACCACCCCAACCAGAAUACGUUCCUCUCCCCCAAUACAAUCCACCCGAUUAUCAGCCACCAAGAUACAAUCCACCUCCUCCACAAUAUCAACGUCCGAAUCAACCAGUGUACGAAGUGGAGCCUGAACCUCAGCCUCAACCUCAACCUCUACCUCAACCACGACCGCAACCAGUAUAUCAGCCUCAGCCGCAAUAUCAGUACAGACCUGAACCCGAGAUACAAUCUAUACCUUCAUAUCACAACCCUCGGCCACAGUAUCAACCCCCUGCGAGGCCAUUACCCCAGUACAACGCGAUCACAACGCCUGCACCUCGAAGAUUUUAUCCGCCUGGCAAGCUGAACUUCAACAGGACUCCGGAUGGCUACUCUUACACCUUCAGUAAAGCUAAGUGAAAAAUUUUAUUGUGAUGUGGGAGAUUUCUGUGUAGUUCCGCAGAUAAAUGCAUCGUCAUCAUUUGACACUUUGGCAUCAUUUGACAAAUUUGGCACCAUUUGAUAAAUUUGACAUCAUUCGACUAAUUACUAAAAUAUCUUUGAUAUGUUGACUAGCUUUUUUUUGGUGUUUUUUCGAUGCACAAUUUAACAUCUGAAUUAUUAUUAAUUAUAAAUUUUGCGAGGUAUAGUUUUGUUAUAAAUUAUUGAGGUACA